AGAAUCGCAGAGUUCCAGAGCAUUGUCAGUGAACCGCUCAUCAAGCUGCCUGUGUUGAGGGAACUUUGCUUUAACGGAAUCCCCUUCGAAGCAGGCAUCCGGUGUCUCUGUUGGAAGAUCCUGCUCAACUAUCUCCCCACAGACCGGGUAUUAUGGGAUUCUGUGCUGAAGAAACAAAGGGAAACCUACGCCCACUUCCUGAAGGAGAUGAUCAUCCAACCAGGCAUUGCCAAGGCCAACCAUGGCUUGUCCAGGGAAGAUGUUACUUUGGAAGACCAUCCUCUCAAUCCUAAUCCAGAUAGUCGGUGGAACACAUAUUUCAAGGAUAAUGAGGUGCUCCUACAGAUAGACAAGGAUGUCCGGAGACUGUGUCCUGACUUCUCAUUUUUCCUGAACCCCACGGAUUACCCCUGUCAGCUAAUCAUGGAUCCCGAGAAUGAAUACGAGACCCUGAGAAAACGUGUGGAACAGACAACGCUCAAGUCUCAGACAGUGGCAAGGAACAGGAGCGGCCUUACUAAUGUGAGUUCUCCUAUGAAGACAUCAGCUUCUCAUUCCCUGAGUGACUUGGAGCCGCUGCCCAGUGGCUGUGAGGCCCAUUGGGAGGUGGUAGAACGAAUCCUUUUCAUCUAUGCCAAGCUGAACCCCGGUAUCGCCUAUGUGCAAGGAAUGAAUGAGAUAGUUGGGCCAAUCUAUUACACAUUUGCCACCAACCCCAAUAGCACAUGGAAAGAACAUGCAGAAGCAGAUACCUUCUUUUGCUUCACUAACCUAAUGGCAGAAAUCCGGGACAACUUCAUCAAAAGCCUGGAUGACUCUCAGUGUGGAAUAACCGCUAAGAUGGAGCGAGUGUACUCAAUGCUAAAGGAAGAAGAUGAGGAGUUGUAUCUCAAGCUGCAAGAACAGAACAUCAAGCCACAGUUCUUUGCCUUCCGCUGGCUGACAUUGCUGCUUUCACAGGAGUUUGUGCUUCCUGAUGUCAUCCGUAUCUGGGAUUCUCUAUUUGCUGAUGAGAACAGAUUUGACUUCCUUCUGAAAGUUUCCUGUGCCAUGCUUAUAUUGAUCCGUGAUCAGUUAUUAGAGGGAGACUUUACAGUGAACAUGAGGCUACUCCAGGAUUACCCCCUGUCUGAUGGAGAUGUGCUGCCCAUCUUGAAAAAAGCCAAGGAGCUUCAGGAUUCCAAAUGA